CCCAGUUCUGUCCCUUCCUCUGCUGCUGCCUCUGCCCUGAACUGAGCUCUCAACCCUCAACGCCAGCAGGAUGUUAAACCACCUCUCCCUCACGAAGGCGCUUCUCGCUCUUGGGUCCCUGGCAUCCUGGGUAACUGCAGGAGAGCACGAAUUAAGUGGUGGAUGUCCUGCUGACCCUCUUCCGUGCGAGGAGCUGUGUGAUGGGGACACAUCUUGUCCCCAGGGACACAAGUGCUGCAGCACUGGCUGUGGCCAUGCCUGCCGAGGAGACAUCCAGGGAGGGCGGGAUGGCCAUUGUCCCAGAAUCCUGGUGGGCCUGUGUAUUGUCAACUGCAUGGUGGAUGAGAACUGUCAACCCGGGGAAAAGUGCUGCAAGUCAGGCUGUGGCCGCUUCUGCAUCCCCCGGCUCCAGUCACUCAAACAGCUCACAGACUCCAAUGGGACUGAUGGGGCUAAUCCUAAAUUAGAGGCUGGAGCAUCCUAGCUUUCCUGACUGUCUGGGGCUCCAGGAAUCUUCUGGAAGCCAAGAGGGGUGACGUCCUGGGGCUUGUGACAUUCCCACAAUUAUCAGCCCUUCUCUUCUUUGCUUUUACUGCUGCCUGGAUCACAUGGAACAGCCCUGGGGACAGAUACUUCUCUUUCCCAAUAAAGCGCUGGCAUGGACCCUCUUGUCUGUACUGUGCAGGGGCUCAGAUGAGGAUGGAGCUAAUGGGUUUGCCUGUGCAUGGCGCUGGCCUAUGAAACCUAUGGAUUAAAGAAAGAUAGCAGAUUCCUUUUUUUUUUAAAUGUAACACAUAUGAAGAAGAGUAUUAAUGUGCAGCCUGAAAUGAUAGUUAAAUAAAUUAGUCAUUGCAUGGAGCUCCAGUAAAAGGUGUAACACCUUUGGCAAUCUUGGACGAGUUUUUAGUCAUCUUGGAAAUAAUACAUCCUGACUUGUUUAAUGCAUAUCAAGGGAAAGCAAUUUUUUUAAAUGUUAAAAAAUAGUAAUUGCUCUGUGUGUGUGUAUGCAUGUGUAUGUGUGUGUGUAAGUUGCAUGUGCACAGUGCACAUGUAGGUUUCAGAUGACAACUUUGAGAAUUUGUUUCUCUCUUUCCACUGUAUGGGUUCUGGGGAUGGAACUCAGGUCAUCAGAUUUGUAUUCAUCCCAUUU